AUGGAUGUUCUAAGCUUACUAAAAUUUUGGAAAAUUGCCGGUGGUGGUGGUGGUGGUGGCGGAGAAACAUUGUCUGUUCGAGACUAUGAUUACGGUUCUUCGUUCGACGACGAAGAAUCGUUUUUCGAUUUAGUCUUGACAGACAAUGACAAAGAAAACGACAUUGAAACAAAAUCCAGUUUCGUAUUUGUGUCCCCUGAGGAAGUUUUUGUUACAAAUAACAAAAAAACACCUCAGUCGCCUUUUCGAAUUCUCAUGUUGGGCUUACAAAACACCAACAACAAAACAAAACAAACCAAGCCCGAAAAAGAAGUAGAACAAAAACAAGAAGAAGUUGUUAAGAUUGGAGCAUUAUUGAAACGUGACAACAGUUUAAGACAUAAGUUUCAAACAGAGAAAUUGAUAGAUAGCAAUGAGGCUCGAACGCCUUCAAAGCGGUUUUCGAAAGAUGUUGUGAAUAAGUAUUUGAAUAUUAUGAAACCUUCAAAAAGAAGUAAUGAAAAAUCAAGGUUUAAUGAUAAAUGUAGCACUCCAUCUUCGUCGCCCGCGUCAUCUGUUUUUUCUCCUAGGAAAGAAGAGAAAAAAGGUGGACGCGGGGCGGUAUUUAAAGGGGUACGUAAACAUUUAGGAAAAUGUCGUUCGGCGUCUGCUAUUUUGCAGACGCCAGUAACGAGAAGUGAUGAUUCUGCUUUAGAACAACAGAAUUCUAUCCAAGGGGCUAUUCUUCAUUGCAAAAAGUCUUAUAACUCGCCUUCACAAGAUUGUUGUGUUCUAUCAAGAUCAGGAAGUGCACCAUCAAACUUUGAAGAGGAUGAUAGAAGUAGCAUUUGAAGAAGGGCAAAUUAGAGGGAGAAAAAUUACAAAAAAGUUGUAACUGUAGUUUAAGUUGUAUCUAGUAAUUAGUAUCUAGUAUACUACUAGUAUAGUAGUAAAACUGUAGGCAUGAUGUAAAAAGCUUUAAUAUGUGGCCUGUUUUUGUGUAAUGUAAAUGGAGCUACUAUACAUAAUCUCAACUCUGUUUUUAGAAUCUCAA